UUUUACCCGCGAUAUUCGGUUAAAGGCUCUAGCUGGUAAUCCAGCUUUGGAAUCUUUUAACUUAAGCAUCUUCAGCCAUCAGUCAUUGAGUAUAUUUAUAUUGCCACAGACCGAUAAUUGUGUCUUGUUUGCUAACCCUUGUGGGGACAGUUCCUGUCUAGUUUGUAUCUGUACUGUGAAGGCGUUUUUUUGGCUGUGCACACUACUUCUAAGUAAUCUAAAUGUGCUUCCAUCUUCUUUUGAUGGAUAUUGGUAAAUGAAUAACGAGGUAAAAACUGAUCUUUGACUUUGCUCUGCAGUGUCAUGUGGUGAACAGCCUCCAAGUCCUCCCUGUUUUGGUCUGUCCGGAGCAACUGACCAAAGAGGGACCAACAUUGCUUCUGAGGACAUCUGCCAGCCCUAUAAGCCACUCUGGAGCCAUUAGCGCAAACCCCGAAGAAGACAGUGAGCUGUGAUAGUGGUCAAGUCAAGGAAAACGUCUCUUCAGCUGAGGGGGAGGCUGUUCAGCGGGACGGAGCCAUGGAGCCACCUGGAGACAAGUAUGGUCGUACCUUUGUGGAGGUGAUGAGUGAAAAGUACAGUCCAGAUAACUUUCCGUUACGCAGAGGGCCUGGUAUGGCAGUGGUGGUGGUGCCCACCCCAGCUCCUCAAGGCUCCCCUGUGAAAGACCGUCUGAACCUCCCCAUUGUUCUGGUGCUAAAUAGCUGUGGGAUCAGCAGGGCAGGAGACCGGGCUGAGAUUGCUGCUUUCUGUGCCCAUGUCAUUGAGCUGGACCUGUCUCAUAACAAUCUGCAGGACUGGCAUGAGAUUAGUAAAAUCGUGUCCAACAUCCCCAACCUGGAGUUCCUGAACCUGAGCUCUAAUCCCCUGGCAGAAAUGACCAUUGAGCCGCGAAGUGCUGAAGGCCUUUCCCGGGUCCGACGCCUCGUCCUCAACAACACCCGGGUGUCCUGGGACACCGUGAUGCUGCUCACCACGGAGAUACCGGAGCUGGAGCAGUUGUUCCUGUGCCUUAAUGAGUACAGUGGUGUGAGCGCCUCCAGUGUGGUCUGCCCCACCCUGCGGCUGCUUCACAUCACCGACAACAGUCUCCAGGACUGGGCAGAGGUCCGCAAGUUUGGCACCAUGUUCCCAAGCCUAGAGACUCUGGUCAUGGCCAACAACAACUUGGUCUCCAUUGACGACAACAAGGAUAUCCUGCAACGGCUCUUCCCUAACCUCCGCAGCAUCAACCUGCACAACUCAGGUUUCAACCGAUGGGAGGACAUUGAGAAGCUCAACUUCUUCCCCAAGUUGGAGGAGGUGCGGCUGCAGGGCAUUCCCUUACUGCAGACCUACACCAACACAGAGCGACGCAGCCUCAUGAUAGCACAGCUCCCUUCAAUAUCACUGCUAAAUGGCAGUGUUGUGACUGAUUGUGAGAGAGAAGACGCAGAGAGGUUCUUCAUUCGUUACCACUUAGACUACCCUGAGGAAGAGCUGCCUUACAGAUACCAUUCCCUGGUAACCAAGUAUGGGAAGCUGGAACCACUUGCUGAGAUUGACCUCCGACCUCGCUUUGUGGCCCAGGUGGAGGUUCACUGUGAGGAAAAAGUGGAACAGCUGAGCAUCCGUUUGGACCAGACAGUAGCUGAGCUGAAGAAGCAGCUGACAACAGUGGUCCAGCUGUCCACCAACAGCAUGAGGAUCUAUUACAUCGACAAGUGCAGCGCCUUUGGUCCAGAAGAAAUGAAGUACAACACCCGGGCCCUCCACUCCUACAGCAUCCAAGACGGUGAUGAAAUACUGGUGGUACCCAAGACCAAGUGAACGGCUGGUGUCCAAAUGGAUAAUUAGAGUGACUGAUUGAUUGAUUGAUUAAUUGGAUUAUUUGUUGCCUGGUUAACUGACAUCAAAAAUAUUUGAAAAAACACAUAUGGAAGAGCAUCAGCUGCCCACUUUUUGGAAUCAAGAGAGCAAAACAUCAUGCACAGUGGGCUGCUGGGAGGCUGUAGCUGGAAAUGCAGCCAUUAAGUCUUUAUUUAUUUCAGCUUUAUUUGAGGUCCACUGGAGUAAGUAGACAAAUUUGUCACACUGGGAAACAGGCUGAGAGAGUAACUCACAGUCAGCUAGCAGCUUAAGCAGAGAAGAGGGCGCUGCCGUACCAGCAAAGCUUCACUGCAGUUCUAUACACGGCAUGUACCUAGCACCUGCAUAAGCAAGUAUCCAACACCACUGGCUUGGCCCAAAUGUUAUGUUAAAACUACCCUGAUUAGCAGUAAGGCUGUGUACUUUUAGAAUGCACACAAUAUCAGGAGCAGCAGCAGGAUUUUAGGCAGGAAAAUCCUGUCAAAAACACUGUUUAAUGGUGGUGAUGAAAGUAGUAUUUUUGGGUCCAUUUUGUUGUAUGGUGGUGUUUUUUUCUGGGGUUAAUUGCUAAAGUUAGAAGAUGCUGCAGCACAUUCAGAUCAUUUGUCAAAAUACAGGCAAAAAGCUAGAAAUUAUGUCUAGAUCCGUAAUAACAAGCGAUAAGUGUGAAAUUUAUCAUAGGAUAUGCAAUUUUAAAUAGUCAUUGAAAAAUCCAGAACCAAUGAAUAGACACAUUUUGUAAUUAAUUACAAAAGUGUACUGGCUUUUUGUUGAAGGCGGCCCGAUCAGACCAUUUGCAUUGUUUUGUCUUGCUAGGCAACCAUCAAAUCACCAGUCAACCGUUAUUUAGGUUAAAUGCCUUAGGUUGUUUUUUUUGUCACUCUGAGUUGAAGUUUUUUGAACUUCAUCCGUUCAGGAUGGAGAAAAAAAAAAAGCAGCAAGCAAAACGCUUCAAUCUAAAGCAAUUACAAAAAGCCUCCCAGGCUACUAAAACAUGCUCUGUCUGAUCUGGGCCUCCUUCACCAUUCGCAGUGUGUGUGCCCUGCAGUCUUCAAGUUUCCACAUCAAACUUUUGUUAGUUGCAUACUGCGUCAGGAUUGGCUUCCAAGCUAGUUGUCAUCAUGCUUGUACAUUCACAUGCUAAACUGAAUUUUAAGGUGAGCACGGAUACACUUUCCCACUUCAGCAGAUGCAUGUGAAAACAGUUUUCUACUGUCAAACCUGCACUGUAAAGGUCAAACAUGCAAUCAAGUGAGUGUGAAGAGUAUUUUAGGUUAUGUUUUCUUUACACUGUUAUGUGUUUUCUACAUUUGUUUUCUGGACUUGGAGAAGGCUUACAACCAUGUCCCCCUGGGAGUCCUGAGGAGAGUGUGGGGUACCAAGCCAUCCGGUCCUUAUAUAACUGCAGUGAGAGCUGUGUCCACAUUUUCAGAAGGAAGUCAAACAUGUUUUUAGUGGGUGUUGAGCUUCGCCACAGUUGUCCCUUGUCAACAAUUUUGUUUGCGAUUUCCACGGCUUGGAUCUCAAGGCACAGCACGGGUGGGAGAGUGAUUGGUUUGGGGUACUCAUAUCUGUUUUUUGCAGAUGAUGUGGUUCUGUGGGGUUCAUCAGACUGUGACUUCCUGCACGCACUGAGGCAGUUUGUUGUCGAGUGUAGAGAAGUCAGGGUGAGAGUCAGCUCAUCUCGUCUGAGGCAAUGGUUUUCUGUCAGGAAAUGGUGGAUUGCUUCCUCUGGGUUGGGAGUGAGUUACUGCCCCAAGUGAAGGAGUUCAAGUAUCUCAGAGUGUUUACGAGUGAGGGUGAGAGGGAGCGUGAGAUGGGCAGGCGGAUUGAUGCAAAGAGGGAGCUAAGCCAGAAGGCAAAACUCUCAAUUUACCAGUUGAUCUAUGUUUCGACCCUCACCUAUGGUCAUGAGCUUUGGAUAGUAACUGAAAGAACAACAUCACAGAUCAGACAAUUAGUUUACUUGUGAGGGUCGCUGGGCGUGGGGAUGGGAUAAAGAGCUCAGACAUCUGGAGGGAGAUUGGAUUAGAACCAAUGCUCCUUCGCGUUGAAAGGAGCCAAUUGAGGUGGUUCCGGCAUUUAGUAUAACCUUUCUAUUUAAAACAUCAUACAAGUGCAUGCUUGAUAAUAUUCAUCCAUCCAUUCAUCCAUUAGCUUAACUCGCUUAUCCUGAUCAUGUUAAUUGAUUUGAGCACAUUCUAGGGAGUAGUAUGGUUGGUAAGGUUGAGAAUUUAUCGUUAACUUAUGUGUUCAUGGUCAUUUUAAGGGCACAUGGCAGCAAAGUGUUUUCAUCAUAUGAUUUUGCGUACAUGGCUAUAUGAUUUUACAAGUUCUUGCUGCUGUUGUUGGUUAUUAAGUAAAUAGUAGCUCCAUUUUUCUGAUAUCAGUCAUAUUUUAUAAUUUCAUUAAUUACUUGCAUAUGAUCUUGUUUUAUAGACGUUUAAAUGCUUCAUCAAUGCACUUUCAUUACAUUGAAUCUAUAAUUUUCUAAGAAUAUAAUCAUCAAUUCCUCUUAAACACAUUUCCAGUAUUCAGUUAAAUACUACUGUAUUCUAUAUUUCACUCCAUUCUGCACAUAAUUACUUCCACCAAAGAUAGCUCAUUAUCAUAUUGUUAUUAUUAUAAUGUGGACUAUUUACACGAUUAAUUGAUUUUAUUACGUAACAUCACCUUGCAUAAGAGGAGCAUUGAUGCAUAUUCAUUUUACUUAAAGCAAGCAGCUUAGCAGAGUAGGGAAUGGCUGACAGUGCACAGUGUUAUGCUGUGGACUCAGCGGAUAUUUCAAGCCACUACAUUAAAUAUUCACAUUUAGGGGCUGUUUGGAAACAAAUGCCUGUUUGGGCUGUGCUCUCAGUUUUAUCCACUGUUGAUAGAAAAAUCCGCUCAGUGUGCUUUGGCCUCUUUUUAACAGUGUUUUUACCCUCCAAAUGCAUUAAUAUCUCAAUUAUGUAAAUGCAACACUAUUUCCCUCCUUACUAUUAUAAUUUACCAAUGUUUAUUUUAUAACACUUCUGCUAUACUUGAAUAUUAAAAGGUGUGAUAUAAGCAGAGAAUGUGGUGGCAGUGAUGGCGUAGCAAUUACACCCAGCAGGUUAGAUGAAGAGAACUUUGGUACGGCGUAGUGCUGAAUAAGUGUUAGCGUAGAUGAACCACAGCCAUAGAAUCCAGCAAAACUGAGUUCUAGUGUCUGUGCUGCUAAUCAGUGUUAGAUUUGUUUGAAGUGUGAGAACAUGUGAUGGUUUUCAGAGUGGGUGAUAUUUUGGUAUGCAUGUUAUUAAUUGGUUUUACAUGUUUUAUGCGAGAAAAGUGGUCUCUAUGCCUGCUUAAAGAUUUAUGGAAUGAGGAACUUGAUUGAACUUUGUUUUAAACAAAGCCCAAGAAAAUAUUAUAAGUCUUGAUGUAAAUUUAUUGUUUACCUGUUGAAUUCAUCCAGAUUUAGUUUGUUUAAGAACAAUAUGUUAUCAUGUUGUUUAUUGUGUCUAUUGUUUACCAUCCAACCUGAACAUAUUGGCGUAGUCAUUUUAUAGCCCCUGAAAACUUGAUUUAAGAAUUGAAGUGUUUCUCUGUAACGUUAAAGAUUCAUGACUAAUAAAGCAACAGAUAAAGUUAAAGUUAGAAAAAAAUCUAUAGUUAUUAUUUAUUGGGGGUUUAAAAAACAAAAAUACUCAGGUAAUUUGCUUCAUCAAGAUUUGAUUGACAGUGGCCUGGCAAAAAAAAAAAAAACAUCAUUAUUCAACAAUUUCAUUCAUUUCAAUCUUGCCUAGGAAUUAGAUAAGAAGAAACCUACUACUCUCUUAUCUGCCUGCUAAAAAUAAAGCUACUGUAUACAGCCAGGGGACAGUUUUCUUAGCAUGAAACUGGAAACAGCGGGAGACAGCUAGCCAGUUCUGUCCAAAGUUAACAAAAUCUGCCUACCAGCACAUAUAAAGCUCACUUAUAAACAUGUUAUGUUUGAAUAAUCAAUAUAAAACCGUACUGUAUGUGUAAAUACUAGGGUUUUGUGCUGGAUGGGACUAUUUUAUUGGUGCACCUUAUAGAGUCUCUACUUUAAAAUAGUUUGACACAAAAUAGUUUGUGGUAACAGUCCCCUUUUACCACAACUUGUCACUCAUACACUUACUAGUGAGCUUUAGAAGUGCACAUUGGUGGACAUUUUUACUUUCUGACAGAGCCAGGCUAGCUGUUUUUCCCUUUUUCAAGUUUUUGUGCUAAGCUAAACUAAUAGACUGCUGGCUGUAGCUACGUAUGUAGUGUACAAGAUUAGUAUAAAUAUUUUCAUCUAAUUCAUUGCCAGACAUUAAAUAAGCAUAUUUCUACAACUAUCAAACAGUUUUUUUUGUUUCAAAGGAGUCCUUGGUGGUGUCAAAAGGCAUUCUUGAAAUAAUUUAGGAAUUCAUGAAUUGAAGUAGUCAAAUACCUCCUAAAGAGUAAAUAAUUUGAUUAAGUUUUAAAGGUUAGACCUUUAAACUUAAUCAGGUCUAACCUAUUAUCUCUCUCUCCUCAAAACCAGUGCAGUCUGUUAAUGUUGUAAGAAGAAAUUGAGAAAGAUAAUGAAUACAUUGAAAGGCUCUGUAUUUCCUUUGCUUAGUUAAAUACUCAACACAUAAUGCUAGACACCUGGCAGCUUUGGUACAGCCCAUCCUGUUUUGAAUGGAGACCUGUGAAACUAAAUAGAUACUUGCAUCUCUGGAUAUAUCAGUAAAUGCACUGCUUGAGUCAUCAUCUGCCUCUAGUGCACCAGAUCUUACGUGGAUCUCAGAAGGCUAUAUUUGUCUUUGAUUAUAGUGUUAUUUAUUUUGGUUGGACUAAAUUUGCAGGAUGUCUAGAUUUCAACCCCGCUCAGACUAAUACACCAGUAUUUAAGCUAAUCAUUCACUCAACUAUGUAUAACACAGGACUGUUCAUAAUAUGUGGCAAUUAAAGCAUUAUCUUUUCUUUGUAGGAACAUAUAUGUAAUACAUAAAAGUAUUAAUGGAACAGAAUUAGUCACCUUUCUUAUAUUAGCACUUGUAGAGAAAGAUCUAUUACUGAAUGGUAAUAAAUGGCAGUCUCCCUCCUCA